UAGUCCAUGCCUUAUGGAUUUCUGAAAUUGUCCGUGUGGUUUACGUAGGCACGGACUGGCACGUAUUUUCGUGAAAUUUCAACUGCAAUCAUGUCCGCAGCAGGUAAAAAGGGUAAGAAGAAGAAGGGAGUUACCGUUGAUUUGAUGACAUUCCUUGGCGAUGAUCGAAAUGGACCGACUCCCAAUAUGCCUAUGAAAUCGUCCAGUUGGGCCGAUGAUGUAGAGGACGAUCAUGAAGGAUAUUCAUCAAGAAGUAACAAAGAUCCAGUUAUUCUACCAACAGCUCCUAGAGCUGCACGAGGACCAGGAAUUGACGAAGAAAAUAUUCCUUCAAGUCCUCCUUAUGUAGCCUACAUAAGCAAUUUGCCCUAUGAUGUGGAUGAAGCUGAUCUGGCAGACUUCUUCGCAGAAAUGAAGAUUUCAAAUAUGCGUUUGCCGAAAGACGCGAAUAAGAUUAGAGGAUACGGAUAUGUUGAGUUCGAGGAUCGCCAGAGUCUAAUUGAUGCUCUUUCUAUGACAAAUACAACCAUUAAAACGAGGCGAGUGAGAAUUGAAGUCUCAAAUAGCAGUAAUGAUGAUCGUCGCGGCGGCAGAAUGGGUAGAGACAAUCGUAGGGACAAUUACGAUGAUCCGGAACGCACGUCCGGCGAUUGGAGGAGCGGGCCGCGCGAAGAAUUACCCGAAGGUGAUUCCUAUCGUAGUCGAUACGAUAGAGACCGAUUCGACAAUAGAGAUCGCCGAGAUGACAGAGAAAGAUAUGAUUACGAUAACAAGCCUGGUGCCUGGCGCGAGAGAGACAGCAACGACAAAGGAACAACGUUCAAGGAAAGGAGCGGCUUCAGAGACGAUAGCAGAGAGAGGGAGUGGAGUCGCUUCGGCGACAGAGGAAGGAGCAAAGAGAGAGACGGGGACAGAGGCAGCAGUUUCGGAUCCCGUCGCAAUUACGGUGAUUCUUCUGAUUGGGAGCGAGGUCGUCGGCAAGAUCAAGACUCCAAACCGACCGAGGCGCGACAAAGACCAAAACUGCAACUGCAGCCCCGCACGAAACCCGUGGAGCCUAUUGUCGUCGCUGAUGACGCGCCAGCUAAGGAAGACUCGGCAGACUCGAAAUCGCCAUCACGAUCGGAUUCGGCUCAACAACGCGCCCCGGAACGCGCCUCCGUGCCUGCGACCAACAUCUUCGGAGCUGCAAAGCCGGUCGACACGACUGUACGUGAACGGGAGAUAGAGGAGCGUCUCGCGAAGUCGUAUGCCGAAUCGCGUUCCCGGGAAGAAACUGGGGACAGAGACAACAAAGAACGCAGAGAUGGCACUUGGGGUCGCCGCAACGGGGAAGGACGCGAGGACAAAGAUAAAGAAAGGAGCCGCCCGACUUGGCGGUCGGAAGAGGACAGAGGUGCUCGACUCGAAAGGUCCGCGCCGCGAUCUCAACGCUCUGAAGAACAAAAUGGAUCCAAAGCAUCACCAGCUUCACGCGGACCACCGGCACCCAAAGGAUCGCAGAAAUCCUCUGACAAAGAUGUCCGUACUGCUCCGGAAAGGGACCGCAAAGAUAAAGAGAAGGAUGAAAUUAGUAGGAUGCCGAAAGCAAAGGACGAACAAGCUCCAAAUUUUGUAGCUUCCAACAAGUACUCCAUGCUACCUGACGAUGUGGAUCCGGACAAUAUCGACGAAUAGUCCUAAUUUGAUUAUAAAUUUACAUCACCGAUUAAAUUGUGCCACACCGCAACACACAUGCAUAUUAUUAUUUGUUUUACCUCUACUAAAUAUUGCAUGGUUUCGUCAUCAAACCAAGUUUAUGCCCUUGGUAUACUGAUCUACUGGAAUUCUUGUUGAUUUGUAUUUAAUCUCUAUUUUAAUAUCCUCAAUAUAACUAUCUAUGUAUACUCUUAUGUACUUUAUUUUCCGGUGAAACGACAUACGAAAUAUUUCGACAUCAUUAAAUUGCAAGUUCCCCUACGAUUUCGGAACGAACGACUGUAUUGAUCAUUUUGUAUUUGAUUCCGAGGAUAAUUAUAUUCUAGAGGUACGAAGAAAUCUAGGAAUUGGAACUUUAUACAUCAUACUUAAUUUGCUGUACAGUGAUUGUACGAUAUGUGACUCGUUUACAUGUAAUAUAACAAUGCCAAUAUAGAAGGAAAAUGAUUAAAGUAAUAAGUAUACGGGAACACAAAAUACGCGUUGUUUUUUCAGAAUUCCCAUCUUUCCCUGCAUAUAUAAGCGUUAUGCAUUCAGAAAAAUUAUCAAAAAA